CUUCUCCGUUGGAUUUUGUUGUUGCAGGAAUUUCACAUAGAGAUUAGGGACCGGAAGGGUUCCGCCAAUCAGGCAGCUGAUCAUUUAUCACGAUUAGAUGCUGAUUUGGUAGACUCUUUUAGUAAUGAUGUUAUCGAAGAACUUUUUCCUGAUGAACGUCUUUUGCAGGUUGAGAUUGCUUCUGAGGUGCCCUGGUAUGCAGACAUAGCCAACUAUUUAGUAGGCAAUGUUGAGCCUACCGGGCUAUCUCGGCACAUGUUAAAAAAGUUUUUGUCUGAUGCUAAGUAUUAUUUCUGGGAUGACCCUUAUUUGUUCAGGAUUUGCGCUGACCAGGUAGUAAGAAGAUGUAUUCCUGAGAGUGAAAUGAGUGAGAUUUUGUACCAUUGUCAUGCUGGCCCUGCUGGGGGGCAUUUUUCUGGUAAUAGGACAGCAAGAAGAGUGCUAGAGUGUGGGUAUUAUUGGCCCACGUUGUUCAAGGAUGCGAAUUCUUAUGUUGCUUCAUGUGAUAGGUGUCAACGGGUAGGAAAUAUUUCUAAACGAGAUGAGAUGCCCCAGACAUAUCUAUUGCCUUGUGAAGUUUUUGAUGUCUGGGGGAUUGAUUUUGUAGGCCCGUUUCCUAGCUCAAGAGGCAAUAAAUUUAUUUUAGUCGCUAUUGAUUAUGUGUCAAAGUGGGUAGAGGCUAUUGCUAGCCCUACCAAUGAUGCUAGAGUUGUUGUGCGGUUUGUGAAAAAAUUGUUUUC